CGGAAUUGACAUUCUGUUUUCGUGUUUUUUUGGCAUCCUCAUGAUGGCCUCGUUGGUUGUUGGUUGAAGUGAUAUUCGAGUUGGUUCCAAUAUCUGCUGCUAUUUUUCUGGGUGUUAUAGUAGCAGGAAUUCAAGCUUCUGAGAAAAGGACUCUUCUUUAAAUUAUUACUAUACUAUUCUUUGGGUUUGCUCUGAGCUCCUGUUUCAGCGGACCAAAUUGCCCUCCUAAUUCAUUUUCGCUUUACGCUGCUUAGGUCCUCCAAGUCCGAGUCAAAGUCUCGAACUUGUUUGUUGCAAUCACGAAAGAGAGAAUAACUUUUUGUUCGCAGGAUUGUAUUGUAUAUUUGAAAAGAGAGAUAUCAGAUAACAGAGGAUAUAGAAGUGAGAGUGAUUUCGAUGGAGUCAGUGUGGGAUUCAUUGAGAGAUCAGCCAAACGUGGGAGAAGCCCCGGUGGAGAAAUCAGUGUCAGUUGUGGAGACAGAGAUGUCUAACUCAAAAUCAUCAUCGUGUAGUGGGGCACCAAAGAGGAAGCGCGUGCACCACAAAUCGCCGGAGAAGGCGCAGUGCUCGGUGGAUGGAUGCAACUUUGACCUGGGGAAUUGCCGGGAGUACCACCGGCGGCACAGGGUGUGUCAACCUCACUCCAAGACCUCUUGUGUGCUGGUGAAGGGACAGGAACAGAGAUUCUGCCAGCAAUGCAGCAGAUUUCAAUCGCUGGAUGAGUUUGACGGGUUCAAGCGAAGCUGUAGGAGACGUUUAGAGGGCCAUAACAAGCGCAGAAGGAAACCUCGUCCUCCACCUCUCGCCUUCUCUGCAGAUUACAAAGGACCCAGAAUCCUGCAAUUUGGAAAUCAUGCGAAUGAUGAUCGUUACGUGAGUAUGUGGAGUGCUCAACCAGCUCGGAGCUAUAAUCGUUACCCACCAAGUUUGCCGAAGACUGAGAUUGAGCAACAGAGUGCGGAAGAUCGUGGCUUUGCCAACACAGAAACUAUGCAGGAGAAGCAGGUUUAUUGGUAUAAUAAUCAAGCAGUUCCGCCAUUAACAGAAGCAGGUGGAAUGGGAGAUAAGAACCAGAAGAUGCCUUGGGAUUCUGCUCUCUAUCUUCUGUCAGCAUUUCGGGCACAGAGUUCCUCAGAGUUCAGUAUGGUAGAGUCAAGUAUAGACUGUCCAAUUCAAUCCCAACCUGCAUUUGAAGACGACGAUGGAAUCCCAAAUCGUUGGUGUUCAAGUUCAAGGAGUGUGACUAGUGGUCCCAGAUUGGGGGGGAUCCUAAGGAAACAAACUUCCAUCACAGUGGGACUGGGAUGCUUCAAAUGGAGCCACAGUUGAUGGAACACGGUGAAGGAUCCCUAACCUCCCCUUUUUUCUGGGAGCAAGCAAGGUCGCAGUAUAAAAUUCCAUAGAAACUUGUUGGAAUUGUAUAUUUUGAUUUCAUUAUUACUGCCCAACUACUUCAAAUUCAACAUUUAUUUUGUUAGCCCAUGAC